UCGAAUACAAUUUUUUCUCUCAUUUUAAUGUAAAAAAAAAAAAAAAACUAUAGGGUCUCUUUUCUUGUUCUAAGCUUUCAAUUUGAGAUGCUCAUGCUCAUGUAUCAAUGUUGAGUUUCUAUGUUUCUCACAACUUGAUCUUUGUUUGAAUGAAUAGAGAAAGGACUCGAAAAGUUGAGUUAUUCAUGGAAGAGACGGCACAACAAGUAAAACGUCCUUUUGAUGUUCCUGAAGAACCAGAAUUCAUUGUUGGGUUGGAUGCACCAUUGAGUGAGUUGAAAAUGGAACUUCUUAAAGAAGGCGUGUCCAUCAUUGUGCUGACUGGUUUAGGUGGAUCGGGAAAAACCACUUUGGUUACAAAGCUUUGUUGGGAUGAACUAGUCAUAGGUAAAUUCAAGGGAAAUAUUUUAUUUGUCACCAUCUCAAAAACGCCUAAGCUGAAGAUUAUCAUCGAAAGACUAUUUGAAUAUUAUGGGUGUCAAGUGCCUGCGUUUCAAAGCGAUGAAGAUGCAGUUAAUCAUUUGGGAAUUUUGCUGAGGAAAAUUGAUGUAAGUCCAAUGUUGUUGGUCUUGGAUGAUGUUUGGCCUGGCUCAGAAGGCUUCAUUGAGAAAGUCAAAGUUCAGAUAUCAGAUUAUAAAAUUUUGGUGACUUCAAGGGUAGCAUUUCCUAGAUUUGGCACUCCAUUUAUCUUAAAAAAUCUUGUUCAUGAAGAUGCAAUGACCCUUUUUCGUCACCAUGCACUCUUAGAAAAAAACAGCUCAAAUAUUCCUGAAGAAGUUGUCCAAAAGAUUGUUAGACAUUGUAAGGGUUUAAAUUUACCGCUUGUCAUAAAAGUGAUUGGUAGAUCACUAAGUAAUCGACCAUACGAGUUGUGGCAAAAGAUGGUGGAGCAAUUGUCACAAGGUCAUUCUAUACUUGAUUCUAACACUGAAUUACUUACUUCCUUCCAAAAGAUCUUAGAUGUCUUGGAAGAUAAUCCCACCAUCAAAGAGUGCUUCAUGGACUUAGCUUUAUUUCCUGAAGACCAAAGAAUUCCUGUUGCUGCUCUUGUUGAUAUGUGGGUUGAGUUGUAUGGACUAGAUAAUGACGGCAUAGAAACAGUGGCCAUUGUCAACAAAUUAGCUUCCAUGAAUCUGGUUAAUGUCUUAGUAACAAGGAAAAAUACCAGUGACACAGACAGUUACUACUACAAUAACCAUUUCAUCAUCCUUCAUGAUAUCCUAAGAGACUUCGGAAUUCAUCAAAGCAACCAGGAACAAGUUGAACAGAGAAAAAGACUGAUGAUUGACAUAACAGAAAAUAAACCUGAAUGGUGGCCUAGAGAAAAACAGAUCCCUGCACAGACAUUGUCUAUAUCAACUGAUGAAACUUGCACAUCAUAUUCGUCCCACCUGCAACCUGCUCAAGCUGAGGUUCUGAUUUUAAACCUUCAAACUAAUCAGUGCACCUUUCCAAAGUUACUGAAAGAAAUGAGGAAACUAAAAGUUCUGAUAGUCAUGCAUUAUGGUUUCCAUCCUUCUAAAAUGAACAAUUUAGAGUUGUUUGGCUCAUUAUCCCACCUUAAAAGAAUCAGAUUCGAGCGGAUUUGGGUUCCUCCCUUUGUCACAUUGAAGAAUCUUAAAAAGUUAUCCCUCUACUUGUGUAAUACAAGACAGGCUUUUGGAAACAGAAACAUGCUAAUUUCAUAUGCUUUUCCAAAUCUAGUAGAUUUGAAUGUUGACUAUUGCAAAGAUUUGGUAGAAUUGCCUAAGGGGCUAUGUGAUAUCACCACCUUGAAGAUGCUCAGUAUUACCAAUUGCCAUAAGCUCUCUGCAUUACCUCAAGAAAUUGGAAACUUGGACAAUUUGAAACUUCGAAGGCUAAGUUCUUGUACUGAUUUGGAAGAGAUACCAAAUUCUAUUGGAAAACUUUCAAAUCUAAGACAUAUGGACAUCUCAAACUGCAUUAACCUUCCAAAUUUACCAGAGAACUUUGGUAAUCUUUGCAAUCUAAGAAAUCUGUACAUGACAAGUUGUGCAAGGUGUGAAUUGCCACCCUCGAUUGUCAAUCUAAAGAAUUUAAAGGAGGUGGUAUGUGAUGAAGAGACGACUGUUUCGUGGGAAGCUUUCAAAGAUAUGCUUCCUAAUCUGAAGAUAUAUGUUCCUCAAAUUGAUGUCAACUUGAAUUGGCUUCAUGAAAUUCACUCCUAAGUCCUUAUACCUGUUUCAUGCUACAUUCAUUGUGUUUGCAAGUUGUGGUUGAUCACACCAGAAAGUGAAGAAAACAAAUAAGUCUUGGUGUUGCACAAUUUUAUGGUAAGACUUUAAAAGGAAACUUCUAUAUCUAUGUUGGUCGGUGCCGAAGAAGACAAUUGGUUUGUUGUUAAGGAACUAGAGAAACAAAAAUUCUAUGUUAUAUGUCUAAGGCAAAACAGGGAAAAAGAUUGUUAUUGUUUAGGUUGAUUGCCUGUAUAUUGUGAAGUGUUAGGAUAUUGCUUAUUAGUACAAAUUCGUGUAUAUUGUUUUAUCAUAAAUAAUCAAAUUUCUUUUAUUUUUUAAA